CUGCGCCGAUGUCGGCCGAAGCGAGCGGCUUGGUGAUUUGACUUUGUCGACGGUGCAGCCGCGAGCAGUGAGCAGCAGUAGGUCUGUGCUUGCUGGGCGUCAGCUUGGUGUUCCGUUUUCUGUUCCCCCAAACCCCCCUCGUGCGUGUGAGUUGUGUUGUUCCCUGUGUUCAAACGUACUGAUGGAGGAUCUUAUUUUACGGUUGCCUGCCUUCUGACCCGCGCAGCACUCUGAAAAAAAAAAAAAAAGCAGGUUAGUUUUUGGUGUUCCAUGGGCAAAGUGUUGUGUGUGUGUGUGUGCUCGUGGAAUAUUGUCGCCCUGGGGAAGUUUGCACCUACGCGUGUGGAGUACAUACGUGGAGUCCAGCGCAUCGGCUCUGUGACUACAGAACAUAUGUUCCACCUCUAACCCUUGGAGAGUGCUACACCGGGCAGCCAACCAGCUUGCUUGUUCCAUCCGGCCAGCCAAACCAUGCGCUAGCUUACUUUCUGCCUGUUCCCUGCCCCCCUUCCUCCCACCUUCGGAAGGUGCCGCCUGCGUGUUUUGCUUUCUUUUUUUUCCUUCCUCCGGUACCGAAAUAAUCGAUAGACCACACGAGAGCUUGCACUUGUUACCCGACCAUUGCUUGUGCUUGAGACCAGCCACCCGCCACCACCAUCGUGCAUAUGUGCUGUGCUUGCGCGCUGCUCCCAGGGACCGGCCAUCUUGUGUGUCAAUUGAAGAGCGUCGGAAGCCCGGGCGAGCAGUCAUCGCGUUCAUGGUCCAGUGAUAUCCGUGUUAUAUCUUCGUUACUAGUCUUCGUUUGCCAUAUGAGGAACGAAUAAAAGAAUUAUAUAUUUAAAAAAAAAAGUUUUGAAAUAAACACAACAUAGUGAGUUCGUAUAACUUUUGAUUGUUGAAUAUAUAUUGCACACGUUUAGCAACAAAAAAAAAAAGCUCGCGGAAGAGUUUUCGGAGCACUAGUUUUUAGAUUCGAAAGAGGAAAGUGUGUGAUUUAUAAAAGAAGAGAUAUCCUUUUUAUCAAAUUAUAAACGACGAACUAACCUCAAGUCUUUAUUAUUGAAAUAUAUCAUAUAUCUAUAUUGAAACACGAAAUAAAAAUAAAAAUAUAUAUAUUUUUUUGUCUACGUACGAAACAUCAAUACAUCGACUGAGAAAACAAAUCACGCCGUCUCUCCGUUCGUUAAAAACUACAAAUCCGGUUGCGAGCCGCCGACCGCCCGCAACGUACUGGUCCCUCCAUAGAGAUAGCGAGAGAGAGAGCGAGAGAGAGAGAGAGGCGAGGACUACCGCCGGCAGGGAGAAGACGCUAGCGACGACGACGACGACGCCUCCGACAGCGGCGGCGGCGGCGGCGGGAGUGGUGUUCCCGUGCGGCGGCCUGGUGAGCGGCACGCCCCCUCCCCCUCCCCCGCCCAGCUCCCCCCUGCCCCCGGCGAGCAUGGCCAUGGUGAACAUGAACAACCUGCUGAACGGCAAGGACUCGCGCUGGCUGCAGCUGGAGGUGUGCCGCGAGUUCCAGCGCAACAAGUGCACGCGCUCCGACACGGAGUGCAAGUUCGCGCACCCGCCGGCCAACGUCGAGGUGCAGAACGGCCGCGUCACCGCCUGCUACGACAGCAUCAAGGGCCGCUGCAACCGCGAGAAGCCGCCCUGCAAGUACUUCCACCCGCCGCAGCACCUCAAGGACCAGCUGCUCAUCAACGGCCGCAACCACCUCGCCUUGAAGAACGCCCUGAUGCAGCAGAUGGGGCUGACGCCUCCGGGCCAGGCGCUGCUGCCCGGCCAGGUGCCCGCGGUGGUUGACGGGCAGUUGGAGUAUGCUACCCCUCUGAUGCUUGGCCAACAUAUCAUGGCCACCAACCCCUACCUGGCCGGGAUGCCGCAGGUGGGUAGCACUUUCAGCCCGUACUUCACGGCUGGGCCCGUCAUGCCCACCAUCCUGGGCCCUGACCCCGCCUCCGUCGCGUCCCCCCUCAGCGUAGUGCCGCAGACCGUGGUGGCGCAGCAGAAGAUGCCUCGCUCCGACAGGCUAGAGCCCGUUUCCGUGGCAACGGUCGGCGCCGUCGAGCUGGGGAAGAAACGGCCCCGCGACCCUAGCGAUGACAUACUACUGAUGGAUAUGAAGUCUGUUGGGUCGUUCUACUAUGACAGCUUUGCCUUCCCCGGGAUGGUCCCGUACAAGCGGCCGGCAACAGACAAGUCCGGCAUGCCCGUGUACCAACCCAGCGCAACGACCUACCAGCAGCUGAUGCAGCCGUUCGUCCCCGUGUCAUGUGAGUACUCGACCCCCUGUGCCACGGCGACUAGCUCCACCGCCAGUCCCGCCACCCCCGGCGGCGACAACCCCCCCGCGGAGCCCGACAAGCUCCCUCCGGCAAGCUCUGAGCAGGCCAAGGUCGCCGUCAACCCGGUGCUCGCGCUCAACUACACGGGCAUCACCCUGAACAAGCAGGCGGCCAGCGUGCCGCCGCCCCCUCAGCCGCGCUUCCCCCCCGCCAUGAGCAUGGCCAGCCCCUACCACCCGCACGCCGGCCUGCUGGCCUACAACAGGGCGGCCAACCCCGCCACCUUCAUGUCCCCGUACUCCUUCAUGCGGCCGCAGUACGUGCAGUCCCCCUUCGCGAUGAUGCCCCAGGCUCCCGGCCCCAUGCUCCACAAUGGCCUGCUGGCCAACAUGAUGUCUCCCUACGGCCCCAUGCCCUCGGCCAUGCCCGUCCCCACCACCAACAACAACAACAACACCAACAACAACAACAACAACAACAGCCUCGUGUCGGCCAGUGUUGCCUUGCAGCCGUACAAGAAGAUGAAAACCACCUAAACCUGACCUGUCGCAUCUCCACCCCUCCCCGACCCCACAUCCCUCGAGUUGAAAUGUUUUCUAGUCAAAAUUGUCGACCGACGUUGUUUGGGCUUGAAACUAGAGCGACCUGACAAAUGUGCGUAUUUUCGAGGACCAAAAAAAAAAAAAAAAAACUUGAGUGCCUGGAUUGCUGGAGGGAGCUUGGAGCUUGCAAUCACACGGGAAUCAUCUGUGAUAUGAACUAACUGCACCACACCACAUGUGGUGCUGGUCAAAUUUUCCUUAUCGUAGAAUUUAAGUAUUUGAAUGAAUAAUUUUUAUGAAUAUUAGAGUAGUUCAAAAUGUUCAUAACAUGAGUAAGAGAAUAAUACAUUAAAUGUAUUUUUUGAUGUACACGUUCAUUGUUGUUACCUUGUCCAUGUUUAAAAUCUGUUAGCAUGCAUUAUGAGUAUUUCUCUUGAUAUGUAUAUUAGUAAAAAAAAAAAAAGAGAGAGAGCAUGGUUAUAUUAUAUACAUAUAUAUUGUACAAUUUAAAUGUUAGUUAGAUUUGAUAUAGAUAUAUAUUCAAAAUUUUAUUAUAUCUGUAACCAAAGGAAGUCCAUUUUAGAGUGAUGACUAUAGGGUGUAUAAAUGUUUAAAUUUUCAAUUGAAGUAUCUUAAAGAAGAUGCUGGUUGGAUUUUCCUGUCGUGAAGCGUUCCCUAUUUGUUCCAUGUCCAAUACCUGUUUGUACAUGUAGUUAUGUAAUGAUUUUCAAUUGUAGUUCUGUUGUUAUACCUAUUAUGUAAUUUAAAAUAUUCCCUGUAAUUAAAUAUUUUCUCUCACUGAUUAUCUGUAAUGUAGCUGAUAGUCCAUAGUAGUUUGUUAUAAUUGUAUGUCUUCCUCAACUUUUGGGGCUAGUUAUUCAGUUUUCACUGUGAAUCAUUGUAUCUAAUAAUAAUUUUUUUGGUGUUAGUACAGUAUGUUGAAAAUUAUCAUCUAGAGUCAAGUCAAUUUUUGAAUACAGUAUACUGGUUUUAAGAUAUAAUGUUCAGACAAAGUACAUCGCUGCAAUGCACUCUUGCUUCUGUGUGGUCUCAUCACUUGCGAAAAUAUAUGUGUGUAGUUAAAGACAAUGGUGGAUGGAAGCUGUAGUGCUUGAUUUUUUUUAAGCAAUAAUUGUGAUUGUUGUUACUAUGUAAAACAUUUUAAAUACUUUGAUUAUAUUUAUUUGAAAAUGUUCUAUGUGUAUUGCUGAUAACAGAAAUUAUUUCAAUUUAAAUAAAAUGGUAUAUUAAUUUUUGGUUUAAAUGAAAUAAUGAAAUUUGACCCAGACAUGGGAAUGUGUGCAAUUUUACAAUGUGGUCAUCACGUAGCUUUGAGUGCCUUCUGCUACUAUCCUGUACUGAUUUUUUUUAAAGGAUUUGGGUUUUGAUUACAAUUUGCCUGAUUGGUCACGCUUAUUUGCCAUAGCCAUCACUGAGUUUUGACUGUAUACAUACGACAAUGUAUUGUACUGUCUAAUCCUGCUGACCUUUGUAUGUACAAUUAUUACACACAAGCCAGUAUUUGUAAUAAUAAUGCUUGAAAAUGCA